CCUAUAAAAUGAGCCAGUUUGAAGAGCUGGUCAGAGUAUACUGAAAGAGAGGGAAGGAGUCAGCUCCAGAAGGAGAAGCCGUAGCAAUCCCAGUAACCAACCUCCAAGAACUGAAUUAGCACCAAGGACAGAGAACAAGUGUAGGUCUUUGUGACUACACAGGAAUCCAGUUCCUAGGACAGCUGGAGGCAUCCACCCGAACCUGCCUCAAUCGCUAGGAGCAGCUCAACCGCUGUGCAACAGAAAGAACAUUUCUUGGCUGGGUCCAGAGAGAUGGAACACAGAGGCAGCUUCCAGCUCCUGAUGACCCUGACCCUCUUAGGGGUUCUUUACUCACAAACCUUGGCAUUGCCUCUCCUGGGGACAUAUUCCACUAUGAGGCUUGGCCACACACUGCCAUUUGAUGGGGCAAAUGAGCCUGAUCAAACUCAAGAUUCUUUAAAGUCUGACACUGACAUUUUGCAGAGCUCAUUGCCAGAAAAUGACAAAUCCUAUAUCGAUGCAUCCAGAACGAUGGACAGAAACACCAGGCAUGCUGAUGGACUUUUCACCAGUGGCUUUAGCAGACUCUUAGGUCAGCUUUCAGCAAAAAAGUAUUUGGAAUCCCUUAUUGGAAAAAGAGUAAGCAAUAACCUUCCUGAAGAACACGGACAAGCUAAACGCCACUCUGAUGCAGUCUUCACUGACAACUACACCCGCUUUCGGAAGCAAAUGGCUGUGAAGAAAUAUUUAAAUUCCGUUUUGGCCGGAAAGAGAAGCGAGGAAGACUCUGCCAACCUACCAGAAGAAUCGGAGAUGAAUGAACCCAACCUCUCCGAGACUGAUGAAGAUGCACUUAUAGCAGAGUUGCUGCAUCACUUCCUAGUGAGUUCUUGAAGGAGAUCUAUGAUGAACAGAAAUUCCUAUUUUUUGAGAUCUACACAAGUAGUUCAGAUAAAUGACUUCAAUAUCAAAACCAAAACAAACAUAUAGUGUAGUGAAAAUUGUGAUUUAUUUGAUUCUAAUGUAAAGUGAUGUUUACAACUGUAAAUAUUAUUUUAGAGAUCUCUAUCUAAAGCUAGCCUUGAAUUCAUGAAAAUCCUGUAAUUUCAUAUGCUGUGUAUCCUCUCUUUCAAUAAAUGCAUUUAAAAAGUGAAGAGCAUAAUGGGACAGUGUCCACGUAUAACUGACUUAUUAGAAGAUGGUUAUGUUGUGUGAUGGAUCCAGUAGCAGAAACUCAUAGCUCUGUAGCCCAUCCCAUAGGAAAAAGUGCCACCUGUCAUCAGUAAAUCCAACUAUUACAAAAAUGUUGAAGAUGAAUUCUCUACCAAAUUCUGAACAAAUCCAUCCAAUAAAAUACCACUCAAAUGAAAAGAAGGCUUUGCCAGAUGUGGAUUUUUUAUAGCACCAUAUGCAUUUCCUUCUAAUUCAAUAGCAGAGAAUUGAACAUGCCUCCAUGCAUUAGAAACAGAUUCCUGAUAUCUAGCUCUUGAAAUGCCAGUACCUGGCUGAACAGAGAGGCUGACACUGCUAGAAUUCUCUCAUCUGACCCCACUGAUUUCUGGAUAGAAGGUUCUGGAUAAGCACUGAGUACAGUGUUUUGCACACAGCAAGCACUAAGUAAAUACAACUGAAUGAAGGUUUGUACCAGCUCAAUGAAAUGGGUUGUUCUUCCACAAUAAUAGUAAAGCUUUUCUCAAGAAACAAUCUUCAAAGCCCUUUGCUGGUAUCAGCAGUCCUUACAUAGAAAAGUAAACCUGAAGACAACUAUUUUUACAAUAUGAAUGUAACUAAUGAAAUAUGUAGACAAUAAAGACAUUUGUUUAUCACUGCAAA